GUUUGAAAUUGUCUGAAACACGGCGAACAUGUCGACCAUAAGCGGCGGCAGUAGUCGUAUGAGUGAUAUUCCGCCCAAAUAUCGCCUCAAAACUUCCUACACACUAAUAGUGGCCAGUUAUGUGGCACUGUUAGCCUUAAUCACGCUAAUCAUAUCAUUCGCCAGUCCCUACUGGCUAUCAUCACACAAAUACACGUAUUCAUCAUUUGUGAGACUCGGUCUCUGGGAUUUCUGUUUCGAUCGGUAC